GACAUCGUCUCUCUCUCGUUCUUUCUCCCCUCAGCGAGCAUGGACUUGGCCCAGACCUCCUAUUUCAUGGCUACCAACAGUCUGCACCUGACCACCUUCUGCCUGCAGCACAAACCCACAGUGGUGGCGUGUGUCUGUAUUCAUCUGGCCUGCAAGUGGUCCAAUUGGGAGAUUCCUGUCUCUUCAGAUGGAAAACAUUGGUGGGAAUAUGUCGACCGGUCCGUGACUCUGCAGCUGCUUGAUGACCUAACUCACGAGAUUCUUCAGAUCCUGGAAAAAACUCCAAGCAGAUUAAAAAGAAUCCGAAACUGGCGGGCCAAUCAAGCUGCCAAGAAACCAAAACUCGACAACCAAUCUUUAGACGGUUCCUUCCAGACAUCUCUGAGCCAGGACACUUCAUUAAUGAGUAGCAUGUGUGACAUCAGAGGAGGGAUGUAUUCUGAACCAUCCACCUCUUUCCCAUUGGAUGGGGCAUCAUUGUCCCUCAACGGCCUGUCGAACCUGCAGAGUUCUACUUUCAGCUUUCCUGCACCAAUUUCCCAGAGCGCAGAUGCAUUUCUCGCACUCCAGGGGGUGCAGGCGAGCAAACACGGACACGCCCCGGCAACUCUAGCCCCUCAGAAACUCACUCUAGAGAAAUACCGUGAAAAACAUGCGGCCGAAUUAGAGCAAAGGCGCAGACACGAAGAGGAGGAAAGUGACCAGCAUCGAAAACACGGACAUUUAUCGUCCGAACCGUCUACGUCAAUCAGGGUGAAGUAUUCCCAACAGCAGGUACCGGAGCGAUCGUUGAAGAGCGGGUCGCUCAAACGACGCCACCCUUCCUCUUCUGAGAAUGGUUCUGCUAGUCAAGAAGAGCUGAAAAUGAAGAUCAAGGUUUCAUCCGAAAGUAGCGGCAACAGUAAGAGCCGUCACAGUCCGCGCUCGAGCCGUGAGAAACAUCGCGAACAUUCAUCGCACAAAGCAGGGAGACACGAUUCGUCGCACUCACACGGUAGCCACCACCACCACCAUCACCACCAUUCAUCCAAAUCUCACCGAUCUUCCAAGAGCCACUCCUCCUCUGCCUCUGUAUCUGUCAAUCAAACAAUAGGCCACGCCCAGUUGGUGAAGAUUGACAGGAGGCUGGGGGAGGGGCAGAGUUCUGAGCCCAAUGCUGCUUUAAUAAAUAACGGUCAACACAUGGAUUAUGAAGACACUUUUAAUAUGCUUGAUUCCCUAUUAAAUGCACACAACUUCUAAACUAGUGAAAAAAACUAACGUUUUUAUGUAAAACCUCAAAAAAAAAAACGUACGAUAUUCGUUCUUUAGCUAAUUUUAUGCAAGAUUCACUCGUCCGUUAAAUGUCAUAGUGUCUCUUUGAUUUAAUCAUGUUUUAUCACUGAAUUUAAAGAAAAAAACUACAAAGUGAAGGUUGUAAUGACAUUUUAGUGUAAAUGUAAAAACAACAAUGGCAAAUUUACGAAUUUUAAACCUUGUAGAGUCGUAGAGCUUGCUAAAGAGAGAUUGCAGAAUGCAUCUGGCAGUUUUAACCUGUUUUAGUUGGAAAAACGCAAUGUGAUAAAGUGAAUAUUUGUGUGUUCUUUCUUCAUGCUUGAUUCACAAAGUUUUUUGUUUUUCAUUAAUCAAAGGGAUGAAAUAGAAACGUGUGACUGUUUACAAAAGGAAGGUGCAGAUAUCUGUUCACAUUUAUUUGUAUCGAUAUACAGUAUCUUUGUCUAAUUAUAUUUCACGAAUGCUCAGGUUUAGAGGUUCCUAAAGGCAAAAAAUGUUAGCCGCAACGCAACUUCUCGAAUUCUGGCUGAAGUUUCACAAAAAUGCCUGUACACAGAUUCCAUUAUAUCACUUUCCAUAUAUUGUAAAUCUUAAUGUACUGUAAAGUUAUGUAUUUUAUGUUGUUACCUUCUGUUAGAAAGCUGAACUGAUGACAUCAUCGUGCCCAGGGUCCUUUGCAUAGUAACUGUUUUGACUUACGAUUUUGAAGACGUUAUGCUUGUAAUUCGUUCUUUUUCCCCCCUUUUUGACCCUUUACAGUAGUGGAAAGCAAAAUGUAUUUUUUGGCAAGAAGACAGUGGGUAUUUUUUCUGUUUUGUUUCGUUCGCCGAGUGUGUGAACGAAAGAUCGCAUCCCAGAAUUCUCAGCUGAUCUGUUCUGUUCAUCGUGGUGUACGUCGAGCCUUAAAACUGUACGAUAGAGAUUUUAGCAGGCUGUGUGUAUCUGUCCCAUUUCCUAUGAUCUCAGUAUUUAAGAUUUGAUUUCUCUUCCUGUCUUCUCUCUCUCUGGCUGCUGAUUCUGAUUGGUUAAUAUGUGGGCUGCCAUUCAAAGGAAACAGCAGUCAACUUCCUGUUCUCUGUCCGGUGCUCUUAAAACAGAUUUAAGAGCAUUUUGAAGGGUUUGGAUGGGGAUAACUCACUCUAGAUGUGGCCUAGACAUGUUGUGCUGUUAUAACCUCCUUUCACUAGAUACCAAAGGUUUGUGCCUCAGUGUUUGCCCACCGUUGGAACUGUAUGAAACUUUUAAGUUUCCAUCUUUAUUUUAUUUGGAAUGCCACAGUUCUUUAUUAUAGUAUUAGAUUUGAGUCUGUGUGAAUGAUGUUUUGGAUUGUGUAAUAAACAUCCAAGAGAAUUGCUUAUCAAAA